CUGCCAUUUUCCUCUCUUCCAAACGGAGUAUUGAAAAAAGAUAUAAUUUUUGCCUCUAUCUCUCACUUACAAGCCCAAAACUUCACUGUGAUUUAGUAGAGAGAGAGAGUGAUGAACGACCUCUCAAAUGCUUCUUCAAUCCAGAGCCAUUGCUACAGUUGCAAGCCAAUUCCAUCGCAAGUUCUCUAUGUUCUGGUGCCUCUCUUCUUCACCGGCUUGGCGGUCUCAAUCUUCAUCCUCAUUGCUGUUCACAAUGCCUUCUUAUUCGUCUCUCUCCUCUGUCUCUCAGCUCUCGUCGCUGCUUUUCUCAUCUGGAACACCGUCAACUGGAGGCGGAGCAGAGCGCUCUUUUGCUAUCUCCGUUCUUUCCCCGACUCCGACCUCCGCCUCGCUCGUCACGGCCAGCUCGUUAAAAUUACCGGGCUAGUAUCAUGUGGGAACAUCUCCCUGGAAUCUUCAUACGAAAAGGCUACCCGAUGUAUUUAUACAUCUACUCUUUUGUAUGAAUACCGAGGACUUGGUUUGAAGCUUGCAGAUGCUAAAGUGCCAUGCUUUGGAUGGGGGUUAGCAUAUUAUGAGAGGUUCUCCACAGACUUUUACAUCACUGAUAGUAAGUCGGGCAUCAGAGCUUUGGUGAAAGCUGGCUCAGGCUCAAGAGUCACUCCCCUGAUCGUUGAGAGCAGACUGGUAAACACCACAAGAAAAUGCAGAUUUCUGUCUUCUCACUUCAAGAAAUGGCUAGCAGAGCGAAACAUCUCAGGCCAAGCUCGUCUAUUGCGUCUAGAAGAAGGGUAUGUCAAGGAAGGCAGCUCCAUGGCUGUAAUCGGAAUGUUGCAUAGGGAUAAUGACGCAUUGACGAUUGUUCAACCCCCAGAGCUCCUCUCUACAGGAUGCCUAUGGCGAAAGCUUCUUCUCCCAGUUGAUAUUGAUGGGGUGAUUCUGGGGGUUCCUGAGAUGGUUGGCCCAGUGGCCAACCCCCCAAGUUCCAUGCAACAGUGGGAACAUUAAUUUGACCUUAUAGAGGAAUAUAGGUGUAGGAUAUAUAUAUUUUUUUUGACAUUCUUUUUCAGCUGCUUGUCACGGACUCAGGCCCAUGGGACAUUUGGAGCAUGUAGUGACAUGGUGCUACUAAUUAUCGUAUGCUCGAGCUCAAAAAGAUAUACAAUCUAAAGCAAUUGAUUUUCAAUCUUGGCCUGGUUGCUGGUACGCCUACCAUGGUAUUUUCUCAACUUCCAUCCUGAUUCCUGUUCUAUAUUCUUUGUUCCUCUUUUUGCACUGGCCAUGGCUAUGAAGCAUUACAUGGUCCUGUAGAUUUAUUAUCCAAACCUAACUUACUCUAGCAGGAAAUUCGAAUUCCAGAAGUGAUUGUUCAGAAUAAACCCUAGAGAAUGAAAUUAUCCCACAUUCAAGUCAAUUGAACCUGCAAAUUAAAAUCAAAUUGGAGCUGCUGGGAAUUCUCAUUCAAGAUUAAUAUCCACACAUAAGGUAAUCAGCAUUCGCUCCUGGGAACUCAUUCCGUGCCUGAAAUCUCCAUAUCCUCCAUUGCCAUGCAUUCUUCGGAGGAAGCACAGUUUCUUGUGGA